AUGGCAAAAUCGGACGCAGCGACACGGCGGGUGUCCAACAUGACCAGCUCGCAGGUCGAGCACAAACGCGCCAUUGACCGCGCCAACCAGCAGAUUUGCCAACGCCGCAAACGCGCCAAGAUGCAGUGGCUGGAGGCGGAAGUGGCGCGGCUGACAGGGCAGCUGGACGCUGCUCAUGCUCGGAUACGGGAAAUGGAUGCUGCAGCGGUGGCGGCAGACGUCCUCCCGGCCGUCGUUCCGGUAGGCGAGGCUGCGCAGAAUGGCCCCGCCUUUUCUUCACCUGCUACAGAUAUGUCACCCACGGUGUCCACGCCCAGCGAACACACCAACUACAACGCCCACUCCAGCUGGACCGUCCACCUCCGCGAGCUGCUCGACCCCGCCCACUACGACGACUACGGCAAGCUGGGCAACAUUGUCUUUGCAUGCCCGCUGCCCCCACCGGACACAACACCGUCCCCUCCAUCCGGCGAGUGCGGCGGCGAGAGCGGCUGCGAGAUGACUCUGCCCCAGUGGCAGGCCGUCCCCCUCCACCUCCCGCCCGAGACGGAUCUCGAUCGCUUUAUCAUGGAAACGACCGCCUCGGGCCGCCGCCUGCACCAACAGACCGGCGCCGCCGAGCUCAGUCACGCCCAGUUCCCUAGCAUCUCCUCUCUCCUCAACCCGAACCUCGGCGACGAUGGCGCCCGCCCGCUCACGUCUGCCUUGGCCACCCACAUCGUCCGCCACAGCACCGUCAAGUCCGUGACCACCCGCAUUGCCCUCAUGUAUCUGCUGGCGCACCUCCUGCGCUGGCUCGUCUGCCGCACCCGCCAGACGUACGAACGCCUCCCCGACUUCUUGAAGCCCACGCACCUCCAGUGCACCGUCCCCCACCCGGCCUGGGUCGACGCCGUCACCUGGCCCGCCGCCCGCGACAACAUCAUCCGCACGGCCGCCUGGAAGUCCAUCACGUUCGACGAGUUCCGCCGCGUCACCGGCGCCUGCAUGUCCGUCAACUGGCCCUACACCGACUCGGGCGCCUUCUUGGAUCUCGGCGACGGCCAGAAUCUCGUGCUGAGCCCCCUCUUCGAGAACCACAUCCGCUGCGCCGCCAAUUGGACGCUCAGCAAGUCGACGGCCGCGCAGUUUCCCUUUAUGAAGGAGUUUUGUGUCACCGUGCACGAGGGCGAAGGGAAUGCAUAG